ACUCUAGAUCACAGCGACACUAUACCUCUCUAAUCUCUUCUUCCUUCCGUAACACAGGAAGGAGAUGACAGCCAAGAGGCUUCGCCAGGACUCUGAUCGAGACCGCGACUCAUCCUCCGACGAGGAGCGAGCCCGUCGUCAGAUCCCUUCGCUUUCCACAGUGGUCAGAGAGGCGAUGGUGUUUAAGUCUCUGCAGAACGUUUCCUUGGCGUUGGAGCCGUUGCUUCGCAAAGUGGUGCAGGAAGAGGUGGAGAAAGGAGUGAUCCGCAGCAUGCGCUUGUUCCAUAGGUCUAGCUCGAUGCGCAUAGAAGCGGCGCUGGAAUCGUCGAGCUUGAAGCUGGUGUUCAGGACGCAGCUCUCGCUGCCCAUUUUUACCGGAAGCAAAAUAGACGGCGCGGAGAACAAGCCGCUGGAGCUCGUCAUCGUCGACGCUCGCACCGGCGAGCCCCUGAGCUCGCCGCUGCAGUCGCCGGUCCGAGUGGAGGUGGUCGUGUUGGACGGAGACUUCCCGGCGGAGGACGAGCCGGAGUGGAGCACCGCCGAAUUCCAGCGGAAUAUCGUGAAGCAGAGGACGGGAAAGAGGCCGCUGAUCACGGGGGAUGUCAAUAUCACCAUGAGAGAUGCCUCGGCCGUCAUCUCCGAUCUCUCCUUCACAGACAACUCGAGCUGGAUCCGGAGCAGGCAGUUCAGGAUCGGCGCGAGGGUCGUCGCCGGGAUCCACGGGCAGAGGAUUAAGGAAGCCACGACGGCCGCCUUCAUGGUGAAAGAUCACAGGGGAGAACUGUACAGGAAGCACUACCCGCCAGCUCUCGAAGACGAAGUGUGGCGGCUGGAGAGGAUCGGAAAAGAUGGAGCUUUCCACAAAAAACUCGCCUCUGCAAAAAUUCAUACUGUUCAAGAAUUCCUGAAGCUACUGACCGUCGACCCUCGCUUACUCCGCAAGAUACUGGGAAUUGGGAUGUCAGACAAGGUGUGGGAAGCAACAAUUGUUCAUGCCAAGACCUGCCCUGUGGGAGACAAGCUUUAUCUGCACCAAGGAUCACAGUGCAGCCUCUGGUUGAACCCUAUUUGUGAAGUGGUAGGGAUCGUCUAUGACGAUAUCACUCUCACAUUGCAGCAACUAAGCAAGCAUCAAAGGGCCAUCGUGCAUCAUCUGGUUAAAGAGGCGUACCACAACUGGGACAGAUUGGAAGAAAGCCACGCACUAUUCGACCACCGGAUUCUGCCCCAAAACUUGGGAACGCAACGGGAUGGAGCGGAAUCGCUGACUUGGUAUCCAGUUCAUCAGGGGAUUGCAGUCGAUUGCCAAAUUGAGGACUACGAGAUCCUCGACCCUGCACUCCCCGGCUUCGACUGAAACAGAGUAAACAAGUUCCACGAGGGUUGUGCAAAGAUCGAUGCUCCUCCUGUUAAUGUACAUUAGUUCUGUAUUUUGUUAAGAUAAGUCGCCCUGAUUGCUUGUCUGUGAACUGAUGCAAGACUCGCAAGCUGGCACGAGGCGAAUGCAUGUAUUCUUUCAUUUGUAAUUUUGUUUCUGCACUCUUGUUUAUCGAUCGAUUACAGCAACAAUGAUCAACUUUCUGUUCA